AUGGCAAAUAAUUCUAUGGGCCAAGCUCCUAAUAUGCCAUCAAUUGGUGCAAUCAAUUCACAAACUAUGCAAUACGUAAAUAAUCCUCUUCAAAGUCCUCAACUACAAUCUGCUCCUAUCCAAGGAUCACCUUCACAACACAGUCCGAUGGGCACACAACAAGUUGGUACUAAAGUUAAUCAAGGUGGAGGUGAUCAAACUACACAGUUACUCAGUCGACCUCGACUUCAAGAACUAGUGAGAGAAUUAGAUCCCACAGUCCAGUUAGAUGAAGAAGUAGAAGAAAUGUUGUUACAAUUAGCUGACGACUUUAUAGAUACAACGCUUGGUGCAUCAUGUUCUCUUGCCAAGCACCGACAUGCCCCCAAUGUGGAGCUAAAAGAUGUUCAAUUACAUUUAGAAAGACAAUGGAAUAUGUGGAUUCCUGGUUUUGGAAAUGAUGAACUUAGACCAUAUAAACGGGCCGCUGUAACUGAAGCUCACAAACAAAGGAUGGCCCUCAUAAGAAAAACUAUUAAGAAAUAC